UCGUGAUCUCUAGCGAUAUCCUGCAACGCAGAACACAUCUUUUGCUUUAUAAUUAUUCUGUCUCCGUUGAACUCACAGUAAAACCCUAAAUCGCACAGACCACCUUUGUUAAAAAAUUCAACUUUGUAUUUUUGUUGCUUGGGAGCAAUGGGAUUUCCCAAUACUAGUCCCACGUUAAAGUUGUGACGUAUAAAUAAGCAAACGAACAAAGGAAUUCGUUGUUAAAAGUACACGGUGUGCCGUUGUUGCAUGGUUGCAGGCUCGGUAGAGGACUCGGCUGAAAAGGUGGAGGGCCUGGGCUCGAGAGACGCUAAGGAGUCGGAGAACGACUCGAGGGAAGAAGAGCCGCAGCCACCGGACGUAGCCGCCAAGCUGAGCGGACUCCUAGCAGGCCUUCCGACCCUCGCGGGUCCGCAGCGCCUCGCCACUUCCCUCAGACAGAAGUUCGUCAACAACUCUGAGGGAUGGCGGGACUCUGUGCUUGGGACCUCGCGACGCUUAUUGUCCAGCAUUGGCGGGCUCUCGAGGGACGCGUCGCCCAGCCCUACCACGAGGGGAGAGUCUCUACCGAGCCUACCGGUGCCACAUCUGGAGACCACGAUGCAGAAGUAUCUGGCCCAGGUUGAGGCUGUCGCGCCAAGUCACCUCGACCGGACUCGUACUCUCGUAAGAGCUUUCCUCGCUGGCCCAGGACCAAAGCUCCAACAGCGUCUCCUCGAGCGCCGACAACAACUCGACAACUGGGCUACAGACUGGUGGCUGAAUGAUAUGUACCUAACGAUCCCACUCGAGCUUCCCAUCAACAUAAACCCAGGCCUAGUUGCACGACCCCGACGAUUUUCCAACCAGCAAGACGCUGCCAUCUUCCUUGCGCGUAUUCUUACGGAGCUCCUCAAUUACCAGGAGGUUCUCGACAGAAAUGAGCUUGAAGUUGAACAAGUCAAGUCUAAAGAUGGAAAGAGUAUGCAAUCCCUCUGUAUGGCCCAGCAUUAUCAAGUGUUUCGACUUUACCGGAGACCCGGACUUACUGCCGAUGAACACGUUCAUCUUGACAGAGCCAAUACUGGUGAUCACAUCAUUGUUGCAAGUCAUAAUCAGUUUUACAGCGUACCCGUAAGAGCACCAGACCGAGGCCGCAUAACAGAAUCUGAACUAGCUCAGCAGAUUUUGAAAAUCAUGGAAGUGCCAGCUGAUGCCAAAACACUGCCCGUUGGAAUUCUGACAAGCGCAAAAAGACCAGUCUGGGCGAAAGCAAGGGAGGAACUUUUAAAAAACGAGCGUAACCAGCGCAAUCUUGAGCUACUCGAGCAGUGUCUGUGUAUCGUCAGCAUCGACGACGAUGUGCUUCCAACAACGUUCAACAAUCCGGUGAACAGAGAGGACCUCUGGAUCGAUGGGCGUGACUACGCGAAUGUUCUGCACCAUGCACUUCAUGGCGGUGGCUCGCGCUUUUUCGGCGCCAACCGAUGGUUUGACAAGACCGUCCAUCUCAUCCUUGGCAAGGAUGGGCUGUGGGGUCUUUGUUACGAACAUUCUUCUGGUGAGGCUCCAGCAAUCUUUAAAGUAUUCGAGGAACUGACGGAAAAAGUUGAUGCACUACCACAAUUUGAAGACAACAUGAUUCCUUCUUAUCUAUCAGCUCCUGAAAAGCUCGAGUGGUCGUUGUCUGAACAAAGCCGAAACGAUAUCCGCGAGGCCAUGACAUCUUUGGACGCACUUGUGGAAGACUUGGAUCUAUGCAUUAUGUGGUUCAAGGAUUAUACCAAAGAAUUCAUCAAAAGUUGCAACAUAAGCCCUGAUGUAUACAUUCAAUUAGCAUUACAAUUGACUUAUUUUCGGCUUCAUGGACGGCUGGUGGCAACAUAUGAGAGUGCGGGUAUCCGAAGAUUCGCAAAAGGCCGAGUGGAUGUGAUCAGAGCAGCGAGCCCUGAGGCACUGGCUUGGGUGAAAUCCAUGUGCCAAGGCAACCCGGGGAUAAACGGUAGCGCGCAAGAGGAGGGCACCAAAAGAGUUCAGUUCACCAUUUACAGUAAACAAAAAAUCAAGGAAUUAUUUGAUGUAGCAGUACAACGUCAAACGAAGGAAAUGAAUGAUAAUAUUACUGGUCAAGGAAUUGACAAUCACAUAAUGGGUUUGCGUUACACAGCAAUGGAAGCUGGAGAACCAGUACCGGAAAUCUUUAAUGAUGAAGCUUAUAAAAUUACUCAACACUUUGCUCUUUCAACAUCUCAGAUAACGACGAGAAACGACGUUAUAGCUGGUUACGGACCAGUCGUUCCUAAUGGAUACGGUUGUGGCUACAACGUAAGAAAAAAUGGUUUUAUUUUCUCUUGUUCCACCUUUCAUAGCGAUGAAAGCACUGAUGCAAAGAAAUUUGCUCAAACUUUAAGGAGAAGCCUGCAGGACAUGGCUUCAAUGUUGAAAGAUUCUAGUCAACAAUAAUUCGUAAAAUGAGUUGUUUAACCUUUCAACCAUUAGAAACGUGCACGUAUAUAUAUCUACGUAGAGGUAUUAAUGAGAAAUCAUAUGUUUAAAAAAUUAUCAGCUAACUGUAGCGCAACAAAUGUGUAAAGAUUGUAAGGAGUGGCCAUGAUGUAACGUUAUAACGACUAAAAUUAAUAGAUUUACAAAAAUGGCACUAUGGCAAACAAAAAAAGAAAUAUUGAACGUUAUAUUGAUGGAACGUACUGGCUUACGUUUAAAGGAAUAGUAAUUAAAGUGGAUCUUUAAUUACAGAUAUACAAGCUGUUUACCAAUGAAAGUAAUAUGAAAGUAAGAAAAAAUGAAAGUAUUUAUCUUAGAUGCGUGAAGAAAAUUUAUUAUAUGUUUUGGAAAAUUUUUAAAAGUAUCAUUAACUGCAUAUCAAUUAAAAGCAAUUAAUGGGAUGGUUUGUAACUUUAGUUAUCGACGAUACCCCCAUAAUAUAAGGAACAGUCAAUUUAUUAUGUAAGAUUUUUUACACGCGAGAAGAAAUCAUCUAUCACUUUCAUAUGAAAAGCAUGGUUUCAAAAUGUGUUCUGGGUUUUUUUUAUAAAUCAUUUCGGUUAAAAAAAAAUUGUACACAACAUUUUCAGAAAAAAAUGAAUUUUUUUAAGCUCCUCCCACAUUAAGAAAUUGGGCCACUUUUAACAAACGUCAUGUAAAAUUUAUCUCAAAAAAAUACCACAGGGAGGUAAUUUAGUUAUCACUAGAAUUAGAAAAUCUUCCAGUAGAAAGCAGGAAUACGUUGAGCUUGCCUCAAUGACCAUGAAAAAAUAAUUGUAUGGUUAUAAUGUAGUAUACCAAAAGUUUUAUAGCAAUAAUUUUACGAAAUUAAAUUAAAAAAAUCUAUCUUGAUCAGCCUGAAGAAAACUUAGCGUUAAAUAAAGAACAUGUGACUUUUUGUAAGGCACAUUACUUUUUUCAAUGUAUUUUGUAUUUAAUCACUUUUUUUUUUUUUUCUUUUCUUUGAAAG